CGCUAAUUCAAUCUUCUCCCCACAAGCCCUUUCCUUCCAGUCUCCACUUCCCGCGACACCAUAAGAGUGUAGAUACAAGCUCUCCACCAAUCCGUAUCAAUCAAUCGGAACAUGACAGCGGACACUCUCUCACUCCCAAACGGCGUCGUCUCGAACGGAGAUCCGAAGCAAAACUCCAACGCCUCCACCAAGAAAUCGCGAGAGAGCGAAAGGCGUCGAAGGAGGCGAAAGCAGAAGAAGAAUAACAAGGCUUCUAAGGCGUUCGACGCCACCGCCGGUGACGACAGCGAUGGCGGAGACGAUGAUGCCAAGGAAAACAAUGAUCCUCAACAAGCUGUGGAGAAAGUUGAAGUGGAAUAUGUCCCGGAAAAGGCUGAACUAGAUGAUAAUGAUGAGGAAUUUCGAAAGAUAUUUGAGAAAUUUAAUUUCCAUGAUAUUGCCGGGUUAGAGGAGAAUGAUAAAAAGGAUGAAACUGCCCCUGCUGCAGCAUUGAACAAGAAAGCUGACUCAGAUUCUGAAGAGGAAGAACAGGAUGCACAACAAAAAGAGAAAGGUGGCCUUUCAAAUAAAAAGAAAAAGCUACAACGACGGAUGAAGAUUGCUGAACUGAAACAAAUCUGCUCAAGGCCUGAUGUUGUGGAGGUGUGGGAUGCUACUGCGGCAGACCCUAAGUUGUUGGUGUUUUUGAAAUCAUACCGAAAUACUGUUCCUGUACCAAGGCAUUGGUGUCAAAAAAGGAAGUUCUUGCAGGGAAAGCGUGGUAUUGAGAAACAGCCUUUUCAACUUCCUGAUUUCAUUGCUGCUACAGGAAUUGAGAAAAUUAGACAGGCUUACAUUGAAAAAGAGGAUAGUAAGAAGUUGAAACAGAAGCAACGUGAACGUAUGCAGCCAAAGAUGGGAAAAAUGGACAUUGAUUAUCAGGUUCUCCAUGAUGCGUUCUUCAAAUAUCAAACUAAGCCAAAGCUGACAAAUCAUGGUGAUUUAUAUCAUGAAGGAAAGGAGUUCGAGGUAAAGCUAAGGGAGAUGAAGCCGGGUAUGUUGUCACAGGAGCUAAAAGAAGCUCUUGGUAUGCCAGAGGGCGCACCUCCCCCAUGGCUUAUCAAUAUGCAGAGAUAUGGUCCGCCACCAUCAUAUCCACAUCUGAAAAUCCCUGGGCUGAAUGCUCCUAUUCCUCCUGGUGCUAGCUUUGGUUAUCAUCCUGGUGGUUGGGGAAAACCUCCUGUUGAUGAAUAUGGGCGUCCAUUGUAUGGAGAUGUUUUUGGUGUUCAGCAACAAGAACAACCAAACUAUGAGGAAGAGCCAGUUGAUAAGACUAAGCAUUGGGGUGAUUUGGAAGAAGAGGAAGAGGAAGAAGAAGAGGAAGAGGAAGAGGAGAUCGAGGAAGAGGAAUUAGAAGCUGGCAUUCAAUCUGUGGACAGUCUCUCAAGCACCCCAACUGGUGUUGAGACACCUGAUGUUAUUGACCUACGUAAGCAACAGAGGAAGGAGCCAGAGAGGCCACUUUAUCAAGUACUUGAAGAAAAGGAAGAAAAGAUUGCACCCGGGACCUUACUUGGAACAACACAUACGUACGUGGUCAACACUGGCACCCAGGACAAGACAGCUGCCAAAAGGGUCGAUCUGCUUAGGGGUCAGAAAACAGAUAAAGUGGAUGUCACAUUACAACCUGAAGAGCUUGAAGUUCUGGAAAAUGUUGUGGCUGCAAAGUACGAGGAGGCAAGGGAGGAGGAGAAGCAGCGUAGUCAGCGUGAGGAUUUCAGUGACAUGGUUGCAGAGAAUGAAAAGAAGAGGAAGAGGAAGAUGCAGGAAAAGGAAGGAAAAUCAAAGAAAAAGGAUUUCAAAUUUUAAAGGUGCAUGGAAUUUUGUCUUCCUAAUAUUAGGGAUGCCUGGUCCAUGAUGUUUUAAGUUGGUGAAAACCACGUCCCUUACCUGGAGAAUCAUAGAUUUUCUCCCAGUUUGCAGCACUGCCAAACAGUCAUGAUGGAAAUUCUUAAAGCAUGUAGCACUAAAAUGCAGCAUUGUUGUUGAAUCUCUUUACAAUUUUUGUUCUUUUUGUUUUGUAACUUUUGUUUUCCUUGGGUUCUGCAAAUAUUACAUUUGAUUACUUUUUCUGGUGGGUUGA